AUGCCUCCUCCGGUAGGGAUUAUAAUCACUGUUUCGGUUUUGGUGGCGGCGAGCAUAGCCGCAUACGAGAACCCUCAAGUCCGAGCAUGGAUAGACCGAACGAGACACAAGAUCGCCAUGGGCUUACACUCCCUUGGCGACGAGAUCGGACCCAGAAACCGUCCGCCACUCCGGCGCACUUCCACUGAUAUCUCCAUGUGCGAGGACAAGGGUGAGCAGGCCGAGGAACGGAGACGACAAGCCGUCGCCGAAAUCAUGGAGCGGGGAAGGAUCCUGGAGGAGAGAAGGAAGAGGAGGAAACUUUCCGAGCAGGAGAACAGCCAGCCACAAUCGCCGACUUUUGAUAACAUCGUGGACGAGAACGGAUUACUACUGCAAGACGUCGAAUCGCAGGCUGAAGGCCAGUCGUCCGGAGUCGAUAAUCUGCCAGCAUCGACCACUUUAAGGCAAAGACCUGGGCCAUCGGGUCCAGUGGACGCCCCGCCCAGUCCGCAUGUCUCACUGAGGCAGCUAGACCCCCGUCCAGGAGAUGCCUUCGAAUCAAGAUACGAGCAGGAAAUGCGCGAUGCUUGGAAUCUUCCCUUAUCUGAAAGGAGGAUCGAGAUACCCCCCAGCCAUGCCUCCGAGAGCUUGAUCGAACUCACACCGACCACAGAAGGUGCUCCUGACCCGGACUUCUCCAUCCCUUCGGCAGAGUAUCUACAUCAGCCCAUGAACCGGUCUGAGUACUUUUCUGCCGCGGCCUCGAACUCGACGCAUACGCUGUCAGACCGCGAAUCGCAGCCCCCGCUUUCGGUGCAGAGCUCACAUCAUUUUCUGCCUCAGGGCGGCAAUGCCAAUGGACACGCUGGCAACCAAGUAUCGGCCUCUUUAACACCCAGCAUUGCUGGAAGUGUAAGCAACAUUCAUGCGAGCGAAGCGGAAGACAGCUCAGACGACGUCCUCAGCGAACUCGGGGAUGGUAUUCGCACUCCUGCAAGUGCAUGGACCGACGUCGACAGCACUGUCAGUGGCGACUUUCACUUGUAG